ACAAUCAGGGGAGUCCUGAGCCGGGACGUGCCUUGUUUGAUCUUUCAUUCUCAGAUUACCAGUGUGUUCGUGGAAAACUGGGGAAAACAAUUAGAAGUUCACACGAUGUACUUUUUUGGAUUAGUGUGCAGUAAGCCAGAUUUGUGGUUCCUUGAGCCUAUUUAUAAGGACUAGAAAUUCCUGUUUAAUUCUGCUAUCCUUAGAGCAGCACUGAAAGCACUGUGGGUUUAGAUCCAGCUACACCAUCUAAUAGCUGUUCCUGUUGGGCUAGACCCAUAGUCAGCAGUUUUCUCAGAUGCAAAACCUGGAUAAUUACAACCCUGUUAAUUACCUCCUACAGCUUUGCAGGAGCUGCCGUCACCGAGGGCUCGUUGCAAACUAUACUGUGCUACAAGACCGUGAAAUCAUAGUCCUAUAAAGAACCUAAAGGAGACCUCAGAGAGUAUCUUCAGCUUUCUUAUUUUAUACUUGAGAUAGCUGAGACCCACAUGAGCUUGGCUGGUUACACCUCCAACAGAUGGUUACUGAGCACCUACUAUGUGCCAAGCCCAUUGCAGACAACAGGGAAACAGCUGUGAUCAGCACAGAGCCCCCGCUCUGGGUUCAUGAAUAAGCUGGGUGAUUUCAGAUUCCCAUCACCAGUUUUUCUUGGAAUUGGACAGAUGGCAGCUACCAUAAUGAUACUGUAUGUAUCCAAACUAAAUAAAAUAAUUCACUUCCCUGAUUUUGACAAGAAAAUUCCUGUGAAGCUGUUUCCUCUGCCUCUCCUCUACGUUGGAAACCACAUAAGUGGAUUAUCAAGCACUGGUAAAUUAAGCUUGCCGAUGUUCACCGUGCUCAGGAAAUUUACCAUUCCACUCACUUUACUCCUGGAAACCAUCAUACUUGGGAAACAGUAUUCCUUGAACAUCAUUGUCAGUGUUUUUACCAUCAUACUUGGUGCUUUCAUAGCAGCUGGUUCUGACCUUGCCUUUAACUUGGAAGGCUAUAUUUUUGUAUUCCUGAACGAUAUCUUCACAGCAGCAAAUGGAGUUUAUACCAAACAGAAAAUGGACCCAAAGGAGUUGGGGAAAUAUGGAGUGCUUUUCUACAAUGCCUGCUUCAUGAUUAUACCGACUCUUGUCAUUAGUGUGUCUACCGGAGACCUUCAACAGGCUACUGAAUUCAGUGAAUGGAAGAAUGUUCUAUUUAUCAUACAGUUUCUUCUUUCCUGUUUUUUGGGUCAGGCACGCAGCCGAGCGUCUCCUUCCUUGCCCCAGGUUUCUGUUGAUGUGCUCCACAGCUUUGUGCAGCUAUUACAACUCGGCCCUCACAACAGCAGUGGUUGGAGCCAUCAAGGUAAGUGGGCGGAGCCUUGGGAAGUGGGGAAUUGGCCGUGAAUCCAGUCUUCACGAUAGAAGCUGAGUUCGAGUUUAUUGUCGUAACAGGUGGUAGGCUUGUGACCUUUUCAGCUGUACCUGGGUGACCUCUUAGAUCUUCUCAUCCACUAAUCCAUGAAACAGAGGGAGGGCUUGCUAAUUAAAAAGGAGAGACAAAUUUUGACCUUUAAUUUGGGGGUGGUAGGAGGGGAUGGUCUGGGAAAAUGAAGUAAGAAAAGCAGGAAAAAAUUCCAAAUUUCUGCACUCACCAAGAUGCCUUGUUCAGUACCUUGUUCGUGCAACUCGGUUCUCUGGGAGAACCUGUUGACUAAGAAAGGGAAGGCUUGUGAAGAGCUGUUUUUAGUCUGUAGGCUCCGUUACAAGGUAUGACACGCAUGCACUAUGUAGGUAUGUUUUGUGUCUGCACGUUUGAAUGCGCACAGCAACGAAGAGGAGGGUGGGGUGUUCUGCACUGUAUCCCACAGUCGCUUUGUGUUUUCAUUCACGUGGGUAGAGUGAGUGAGAAAGACUGCCCGCUCUAACAGUAGGCUUGUCUGUUGGGCACCCAGAUCCUCCUGGAAUACACAGGGCAGGGCACUGCUUGGAAUUUACUGGAUGGCUAAUCUGUGUAAGUUUAGGGUCAAUGUGAUUAAAAUUCACUCCCCAGUGAUGGUAAAGAGUCGGGAUCUGGAAAGCAAUUACAACUCAACUCUUACAUCUUUUUUUUCCUGUGUAUUAACGGAAGGGGCGUGAAUGAUGCAGUGUUCUGUAAUUAUCAUGCCAUAUAAAGCCAUAUGUAAUGGUUUUUUAUUCAUUCAUUCAACGUUCUGUGAACAGCUACUGUGUACAAGUCUCUGGGCAAAGGAACUAAAAUAUUUAGUUUCAGAUUUUACCAUAUAUAUGUAUUUCCCCCCUAAAUCCUUCGCUUUUAAAAUGACUAAUCCUCUCUCUUUUU